ACGUCCCCAGCAGAGAAAAUAGGUAGAGAAGCGAAGAGUGUGAAGCCAAAAAUACCUUAUCGAACCGUCAAACUGGUAUCCUAUCGAACAAAAUCAACAAACCUUGACGAUUGCCGCAUAAUUCAAGAUAAGUAUUGCAAUCAUUCGAAACAUUUUUUUACCAAUAUUUUUAAAUAUCAAGGAUAUUACUAUAAAUAAUAUUGAUUCCUUAAAUUGAUGAAAAUUAAUCCUUUUUGGUAUGCAAUUUAGAUGAUUUCUUGUUAAUAAAUCAACAGCAUAAAUUAUUUUCUAAUGCAGUACACGAGAAAGACACUACCCUCGAUAGGUGGAUUAAUCUGUUUUUCGGCAGUUGCCAACAUCCGAGUGACGAAAUCAAAACAGAAAAAGUGUUGCCGUUCAGAAGGCUGUUCACUCUUCGCUUCUCUACCUAUUUUCUCUGGUCCCCAGUGCCGGUGUCGAUUCAGUCCGCUACAUCGGUUUGUGUUAUUGAACGUUUUCCUGAUUGAAAUUCAAGUGAAAUUCAUUGCUUUUGCUUGUAUAUUCCAUAAAGUGGUAUGAAUCAAAAGGCAAAAACUAUUCAGAAUGUUAAAUCCGCGAAAACUAUUCGUAAUGUGCUGGUUCAACCAUUCAAGGCAGUUUGGCCAAGUGUUGAUACCGAAGAGGCGACAAACCUUAUCAAAAUGAUAAAUGAACUACCCAGCGCACAUGUCGUCCACGGUACAAAUCCUGUUUCACAUCUCCUGAGUCAAGGUCAAGCUUGUGCACUGCUCAUCACAGCCGAUUUCCAUCCGCAAAUCCUGGGAAAGCAAAUUCUCCAAAUGGCGCGGCGUAAUUCCCCGCAGAUAUUGAUCCUCGCACCGGAAGGUCUCAGGUGGAAAGACAAACCGGAAAAGUUAAUUGGCAUUCGGGAAACUGCCAGAAAUCAGUCGGAGACAACCGAACUGUUGAAAUUCAUGGUUGGCGUUAUCAAAGCGAAAGAAUACGACAAAGAACGUGUUGAUUCAACUCGUAGCAAGAAGGACCAUCCAACGGAACCCAAUCCAGGAAAUGCAGCUUGUCCAAGAUUUCUGCAACGCUAUCUGAACCGACCGGUUGAGAAUAAGCGCGCAUUUGUCUCACCGGUUUCCCAGUUUGCCACGAAGCAACUCGCAUGUUCUACGAAGGAUAAUGAUUGGGGUGAAUACAUUUCCUUCAAAAGAGCAAGACCCGAUCCGGAAGCGACCAAAAGUCCAAAGCCUAAGAAGAAAUCGAAACCCAUGGCAAAAAAAGCGGAGCCAAAGGUAUCGGAAUCGUAUAUACCCUUGACGGUGAAUCGUGUUCAAGGGAAUCCCGACAGGAAGGCAGAUAAAAAGAAGAAGUCGUGAAGUAAUAUUUGAGUUCGAAGUCAAGCUACCAAUCUUCUCCGGUUGAACCGCUGCUUUUAUAUGUCAAAUAUUGGUUCCAUGAAUCGAUAUAAGGCAUUAUUAUGAUCAGUAAAUAUAAUUGCGAACAUUCAGGUAGUAUAUCUUCUUUAUAAACAUUGUUA